AUGGAGACCAGCAACUUCAGGCUGUUGAUCCGAAACUGUGACCUUCCCCCGCCUGUGAAGAUCUACCACGGCCUCAAGGGGGAGAAGGAAGAGACCCGGAUAAUCGAGGCAAACCCCCACGCGGAAAAGUUGGGGCUGCUCAAGGCAUUGCAGCUGUCGCAGACGAGGGCCAGGGAGGCAGAGAAGAGGAGACUGUCCUUGGCCAAGGAGAGGGACAUGGUGGCCGAUGGCCUGAUGAGAGAGUCCAUGAUGGCCUCGGCGUAUCUGAACUGGGUUCGGGUUCUCGAGCUCCAAGUCCUGGUCUUGAACUCGAGAUUGAACCAGCAAGAGGAUGAUCAGGAAGAGGAAGGGAUGGUGAUGGAUUGGGUUAUCUCGCUGGGGGUGUCUCUGGGCAUUGCUGGGAUUGGGAUUGCUCUUGCUUGGAGAUACUUGUUUUGA